AUUAAUAAGAACCCAAAAUUUCUUUUUUUUUUUUUUCUGAAAAACGAACCCAAAAUUUCUAAAACUGCUCCAAUUUUAUGUCAAACAGUCAAACAAGUUUAAAAAAAAAGGACCCACAAAAACCUCCAUUAUCAACUCCUUUUGAAAAGCUUCAAAGUUUAAACAAAAUUACUCUCUUCUUCUUCCCACGCUUUAUCUUCUCCCUCUCUCUCUCUCUCUCUCUCUCUCUCUCUCUCUCUACCCCAUCUCACAUUCAUUCAUUUUCUCUCUCUAAAAAAAUGCAGAACAACACCCACCAUAAACCACCUCGCCCACCACCAUUAUCAGUCUCUCAACCUUCUAAACCACCAUCACCACCACCAGCCCAACCCCAACCCCAAUUCCAACCUAAUUCCAAGCCCAAAACCAAGCCCAACUCAAGCCCAACAACACCCAGCCCAAGUCCAAACAACUCAAACUCGGACGAGUCACCCAAAUCCCCACUCCGAUCCGACUCACCCCACCGAUCCGACGACAACGAGCUCGACUUCCCCAAAAAUGGCAGCCCAAUCUUAGCACUCGAAAAAUACUACUCACCAUUAACUUCACCUGCACCUCCCAAAGACGCCGAUAAUUUCCCAUCUCCUCCGCACCAUCUCGUCAACGUCAACCUUCAUCGCCGGGAAGAAGAGCCGACGCAAACCGGCGUCGUUUCGGGGGGUGCUGGAGGAGAGAGAAAGGGGCGAAUUGGAGGAGAGAGAAAAGUUAGGUUUCCGGGUGUUGAGAAUAUUAUUGGGAGGAAAUCGAAGAAAGAGGAAGUUGUUGAGAAAGUGAAUUUAGGGGUUAGGGUUUUUGAGAUUGUGUUUUGUUUGAUUUCUUUCUCGGUUAUGGCUGCUGAUCGAACUCAGGGUUGGAGUGGUGAUUCCUUUGAUCGUUACAAAGAAUACAGGUUUUGUUUAUCUGUGAACAUUCUUGGAUUUUUAUAUUCAGCAUUUCAGGCAUAUGAUGUCACCAGCCAUAUGGUCACUGGAAAACAUGUGAUCACCCAUCAUCUCCGCUAUCAAUUUGAUUUUGUUAUGGAUCAGAUACUUGCAUACCUUCUGAUAUCAGCCUCGUCAGCAGCAGCCUCGAGGGUUGAUGACUGGCAAGCUAAUUGGGGGAAAGAUGAGUUUACAGAGAAGGCUAGUGCAUCAAUUAGUAUGGCCUUCUUGGCAUUCUUGGGGUUUGCCAUGAGCUCUCUAAUUUCAGGCUACAACCUCUGCAACCGUGAUUUACCGUGAUUUACCACAGUUAUGGCAUUUCUGUAUCAACCAGCAAUAUUUUUUUUAGCUAGCUAUAGAAUUUGUACAGGAAAUAUAUGGAAUAGAGAGGUGAAUUUCAAUCUGUGAAUAAGUCUAUACGACAAUAAUAAUGGCAAUGAAAUCUAGAGAUAAUGUUCCAAAUAAUUUUGUUUAGUUUUUCUUAUGCUGUCAAAGUGACAUUGAUGAUAAUUUUGGCUACCAUUAUAAAUUGUUUGCUGAAUCUUAAUGGGUUCUCUUUCUUU